AUAGUACCAUAAAAUCAUGAAUCGUUUUUGCCUAAUUGUAAGAUGUAAACAAACAAAAAACUCAACUAUUUUAAAAAUAAAACAAAUAUAAAGGGGUUUUGUUUGUUCUAUGUUAUUUAUAGUUGCUUAUCUGACAAUAUUUCUUCCUAAUACAUUAUUAACAAGGCCUCAUCCUGCAAUAUGGAGAAUGUUAUAAGCUUUAGGUAUUUGCUGGUUGAUAUGUGUAGUAUUCGCAUUAUUUAUGAACAGAGAUGAUCUUUAAUACUUUUUGAAAAAAUUUGUAGAUGAAAAUUUAGGAAAACCUCUUCCAGAAAAAAAUUAUGCCGAAAAUUGUUAAAUAUAUACACCAGAUAAUCCAAGGGGUCCGUUUGCUAAUGUAAUAGAUAGUAUAGACGUAUUUUUUACAGCUCAUUUUAUAGGUUGGUUAGUAAAAAUGUUUAUUUGUAGAGAUUUCUUAAUGUGUAUGAUAUAAUCUGUUUUAUUUGAAUUUCUAGAACUUAGUUUAAAACACUGGCUUCCUAAUUUUGCUGAAUGCUGGUGGGAUUCUGUUUUUUUUGAUAUUCUUAUUUGUAAUACAGGAGGAAUUGUAGUAGGUUGGUAUUUAAUGAAUAAAUUUUAAAUGAAGGAAUAUAGAUGGAGUUUAUAAUCAAAAUAUAAGAAAAGUUUUACUUAAAAUUUAAAGGAAAUUUUUAUUACACCCAAUCUUGAAAAACAUGAAUGGAAAAUGUUUUCAUCAUUAAGAAGAUUUAUUUUAGUUAUGUGGUUUGGAAUUUUUAUGAAUUUAGUUGAUUUAAAUUUCUUUUUUAAUAAAUUUGUUAUACGUAUUGAACCUAGCCAUUAUAUAUUAAGUUAUAGGACCUUUGUUAUAGGAUUCUUAAGUAUUCCAGCAUCAAGGGAGUAUUAUGAAUAUAUUUCAAAUGAUAACUUAAAAAGAUUAGGAGGAACUGUUUGGUUAAUGCAAGCUAUAAUUUUUUCUGAAAUCUUUUUAUUUUUUAAAAAUUACUAAGGUUAAUUUAGAGAACCGUUCCCAUUAUGGGUUAUUAUAGUAUGGACUUUAAUUAUUGGACUCUUUCUUUUUGUAAUAAUAAUAUUAGGUUGGAGAGAUAUCAAAAGAAUAUUUAUUUAAAAUAAAAUAAAAAAAAAUUGA